UGUAUAUUGUAGAGAGAGAGAGAGAGAGAGGGAGAGAUUGGAAGGUGACUCUUGGGGAUAGACAGAGGACCAAACCAAAACCGAAAGAAACCCUAGAUUUCUUUCUGCUGAAAGAAUAUUGAUAUCUUUCGUUGUUUGGAUUCUCAGAUCCGAGCUUGCCUGAAGAAGGACAGGAAUGAUCUUAUUCUAGAGCUUUUGAUCGUGCCCAAUUAUAGUAAUUUCGGGACAGAAGCAAUCGUGGGUUUGGUGUAUAAUAUUGAGGUCUUGUGAAAGAUUUUGGAUUGGGAAUAUAUACCAUAAAAGCCGUUAAAAAUGAUGUCCAGAUCGUAUACCAAUCUUUUAGAUCUAGCUUCCGGAAACUUUCCCGUCAUGGGCCGUGAAAAAAAGCGCCUUCCACGCGUAAUGACCGUUCCGGGGGUCAUUUCUGAGCUUGAUGAUGACCAGGCCAAUAGUGUAACAUCAGACGUUCCAUCCUCUGUCAUUCAGGAUCGUAUCAUUAUUGUUGCUAAUCAGCUCCCUGUGAAAGCUAAGCGCAGACCUGAUAAUAAAGGCUGGAGUUUUAGCUGGGAUGAGGACUCUUUGUCAUUACAGCUGAAGGAUGGUUUACCUGAAGAUAUGGAGGUAUUGUAUGUAGGGUCUUUGAGGGUUGAUGUUGAUUCCAGUGAGCAAGAUGAUGUGUCACAGCUUUUGUUGGAUAGGUUUAAGUGUGUCCCUGCUUUUCUACCGCCCGAUAUUUUAUCAAAGUUUUAUCAUGGCUUUUGUAAACAGCAUUUAUGGCCGCUUUUUCAUUACAUGCUUCCCUUCUCUGCAAAUCACGGUGGACGGUUCGACCGGUCUUUAUGGGAGGCAUAUGUGGCAGCAAAUAAGAUUUUCUCACAAAGGGUGAUAGAGAUUAUAAACCCAGAGGAUGACUAUGUUUGGAUUCAUGAUUACCAUUUGAUGGUACUGCCUACCUUCUUGAGGAGGAGGUUCAAUAGACUACGGAUGGGGUUUUUUCUCCACAGUCCAUUUCCUUCAUCAGAGAUAUACAGGACCUUGCCAGUAAGGGAAGAGAUCCUCAAGGCACUUUUGAAUUCAGAUCUUAUUGGUUUCCACACUUUUGAUUAUGCUCGGCAUUUCCUGUCUUGUUGCAGUCGAAUGUUGGGUUUGGAGUAUCAGUCAAAAAGGGGUUAUAUUGGGUUGGAAUAUUAUGGGAGGACUGUGGGGAUAAAAAUCAUGCCAGUUGGAAUUCACAUGGGACAGACUGCAUCUGUUUUGAGACUCGCAGAUAAGGAGUGGAUGGUGGGGGAGCUAAAACAACAGUUUGAAGGAAAAACUGUGCUUCUCGGGGUUGAUGAUAUGGACAUCUUUAAAGGCGUUGAUUUGAAAUUGUUGGCAAUGGAACAGAUGUUGAAGCAGCACCCAAAGUGGCAAGGAAAGGCAGUUUUGGUACAGAUUGCGAACCCUGCUAGGGGAAGAGGGAAAGAUCUUGAGGAAAUACAGGCUGAGAUACAGGCAAGCUGCAAGAGGAUUAACAAAACUUUUGGCCGACCCGGUUAUGAACCAAUUGUUUUCAUAGAUAGACCAGUUACUCUCAGUGAACGAGCAGCAUAUUACACCAUUGCUGAGUGUGUUGUGGUCACAGCUGUGAGGGAUGGGAUGAAUCUUACGCCUUAUGAGUACAUUGUUUGCAGGCAGGGUGUUUCUGGGUCUGAGUCAAGUUCAGAAUUUAAUGGGCCCACAAAGAGCAUGCUAGUAGUAUCUGAGUUCAUUGGGUGUUCGCCUUCACUGAGUGGUGCAAUUCGGGUAAACCCGUGGAACAUCGAAGCAACUGCUGAGGCAAUGAAUGAGGCAAUUUCAAUGUCUGAUUCUGAGAAGCAAUUGCGGCAUGAGAAGCAUUACAGGUAUGUUAGCACGCAUGAUGUGGCAUACUGGUCGAGGAGCUUUUUCCAAGAUAUGGAAAGAACUUGCAAGGACCAUUUCAAAAGACGCUGUUGGGGAAUUGGUUUGAGCUUUGGUUUCAGGGUUGUGGCACUGGAUCCUAAUUUCAGAAAGUUGUCUAUCGAUGCCAUUGUAUCUGCAUAUUUGAGGUCCAGAAAUAGGGCUAUACUCUUGGAUUAUGAUGGCACUGUAAUGCCCCAAACUUCCAUCAACAAGACCCCAAGUCAAGAGGUUAUAUCAAUCAUAAACAUGCUUUGCAGUGAUGUUACAAACAUAGCGUUUGUUGUCAGUGGAAGAGGAAGGGAUAGUUUAGGCAAGUGGUUUUCUCCUUGCAAGAAACUUGGAAUUGCUGCUGAGCACGGUUACUUCAUGAGGUGGCCCGCAGAAGACGAGUGGGAAACCUGCGGACAGAAUAAUGAUUUUGGGUGGAUACAGAUAGCCGAGCCUGUUAUGAAAUUGUAUACUGAAUCAACCGACGGUUCUUAUAUUGAAACCAAGGAAAGCGCCUUGGUUUGGCACCAUCGGGAUGCUGACCCUGGUUUUGGAUCCGGCCAGGCUAAGGAGAUGUUAGAUCAUCUAGAAAGUGUGCUGGCAAAUGAACCUGUUUCUGUCAAAAGCGGUCAGUUCAUUGUGGAAGUGAAGCCACAGGGAGUCAGUAAAGGUGUGGUUGCAGAAAAGAUCUUUGCAGCAAUGGCGGAUCACGGAAAGCAGGCUGAUUUUGUACUGUGUAUUGGCGAUGACCGAUCUGAUGAGGACAUGUUUGAGAUCAUUGGCAAUGCAAUGAAUAGUGGUGUCCUCUCUUCUAAUACAUCAGUUUUUGCAUGCACUGUUGGACAGAAGCCAAGUAAAGCUAAGUACUAUUUGGAUGACACGACAGAGGUCAUAAACAUGCUUGAAGCUCUUGCAGAGGUUUCAAACUCUACACCCUCCCCCACAGAUGAAGCUGGAAGCUCCCCUUGAAAUCUUCCCUGCCUUUUCUGACUCCAGUGUCUUCUGCUUUAAACCAAUGGAGAAGAUAAGAAGCUGACCUGGGAUUGAAGGUGACGAUGACUCUCAUCUCUGUUUGAAGUAACUUGGUGGGAGAAACCUUAAAUGAUAUUUUCUGAUUGGUCCGUGGCCAUAUGCGAUUUAUUUUUGUGACGAACAAUGGAGCAGCGUGGUUUUUAAGCAGGAUUCUUUUGCAUAAGCUAAGACAUCUGAAGGAUUGACAGGACCUACCAUAUUGAUUCAUGGAGAGCCGACUGGAGUUGGAAGAACAGCCUAAAUAAUCGGUUGCAUCACAUACACAUAAAGGCUGCUCAGCCGGCCUAAUGCAAAUAUCAAACUGACCAAUGGCGUUCUUGUGCUUCUCACUUGAAAUUCUACCAGGGAUAAGUUGUUAAUGUUGGGAAAGAUGUUCAGGUGGGGUAACAGAAACAGGUUUUCAGCUGGUGUAGUAGACGACGCCUCAUUAGAUGAAACAGUACACUCUAGUGUCUUCUUCUUUUAGUUUUUUCUUCCCUCUUUAAAUUUUUGAGUGGAUUUUAUUUUGCAAUUGUUACUCCGAUAUAUUUUUAUUUUUUGGCUUAUUCUGUAAAUUUUAUAGCAAAAUAUUAGUUUUAUAUCC